AUGCCGAGUUCCCUGAGGCGAGCGGGAGGAACGCAUGGACGUGGGGAUGUAUCCGGGGAGAAAGACAAACCUAUCUCCCUCGCAGGCCCUACAGACUUUGCCUUUGUGCAAGAAACUGGCGUCAAGCGACGAAGGCUCAGCUUGCCGGGCCAUCGUCCGAAGCGACUGCAGAAACGAGGAGACUCCAAGCCACUCCCUCCACGCGAACGACCGAGGGCAUUUUCCGCAACGGCAAGUAUCCUCAGUUUGUCUGAAAACGAGAGCGUGGCCUGGAUCUUUGAGAAUAUCGGCAAAGACGAGAUCCUUGGAGAAUAUGGUCUAGGAGGGGGCGCCAAUGGUAACGAGAUGGACCGCUUCGAUAUCAGGAAUAGAAGUUCAGAGACUGCAAAGGUGCUUGCAUACAGUACCGGUCAUCCCGACGAGUUUGGCAUUGUGCCUGAAGACGCACCCUUUUCUAUCACCAAUACACUGGGCACACACAACCCUCUCAUCCGGUCGGAUCUCACGUACUAUAUCAAUGGUGGUGGAGGAGGUGUUUCCUUGGUGGGUAGCAUCAAUUGGUGCUGCUCACUCGGAUGGGACGACUACAAGAAUAACAUUGCAACAUUGACUGGGAACGUGAUCAAUGGUUUCUUGAAAGGACGGUGA